GGGUACCUUUACAUCUGUUUGUACGGAUAGUUUUCGAUUUCGGAGACAUUGUAGGCACACAAAAGCAAGAAAGUAGGAGUGAUGAACUUACUCAGUAUGGUGGUAACCAAAAGAUGAAAUCAUUUCAACAAUAGUGCCAUCAUCCCCUUAAGACACGUCAUAGUGCGUAUCACGAAGAGAAUAUGAAGAACAUAUAGCCGUUGAAGAUGGAUCCUUCCAGCACAAAUCAAAGGUCUCUGAUACAUCAUCAUCAGACAAGUCAAAGUUUGUAGAGAUACAUCUAAAUGUAAGUGUGUAUCAAAUGGAAGAAAUAUCUGGCUCUGAAUCCCGUGCUCCAAGCAUCUCUAGUCAAACAGAAAAUCUAUCACUGCUCUGAAUCCCUCAUCAUGUCUGCAAACACCACAUCCACCCAGCCAUUAAUUAAAUUACUCUAUCAUCUUAAGCUUGCAUGCCUGCUUGUCUUGGUGAGCUUUUCACCUUGGAAGAAUGGAAUACUAUACACCUCAUCAGCAGCAGCAGCUAGGAUGUCAACUACAUGUACUACUGUCAUAGCAGUCACAUUGGCAUUAGAAACAGCUUAUACUACAUCCACUGGGGAUGCUGGUGUGCAGCGCUCAACGGUAGCCAGUGUAGAAGCAGGUAGGCUGUAUGAGUUGCGUCUUGUUGGAAGCAAUGCCACCAACGAAGGCCUCCUUCAAGUAUUUAUGAACAACAGAUGGGGCUGGGUGUACAGCUAUACUGAUGCUUUACAUGUACAUGUACAUGGGAGAUUGGGCGAGGUUGCAUGCCAUCAAAUGGGAUAUGAGGAAUAUAGUAAUGCAGGGAUUUUGGUUGAUGAAAGCGUGAAGCAGCAACCCAUGCCCUGGUUGAUGGCGAGAGUUAAAUGUUCAGGAUAUGAAUCAAGAUUGGUAGAUUGUGGACAUAUCAAUUUUACCAGCACUCUUGUACCAGGGGAGCAGAGACUUCAUGUUCCAUUGAAAUGUAUCAAGGCACCUGCAUCACAAAAUGAUACUCUGCAAGUCCAGUUGAAUGGAACUUUCAGCUCUGGCAUUCUGCAAGUAAAGAAAUCUCCCUAUCCAGGAUGGCUCCCUUUUUGUGGGUUUGUUUUAGACAUGAUAGCAGGUCAUGUAAUCUGUCGUCAGUUAGGCCACACCCAUGCUGACAACAUCAUCCGCAUGAACCUCAUGGUGUCUACUCUUAUCUCUACUCCUGUGAUAACAUCUGUAGUCUGUGAAGGGUUUGAGAAGUUUCUAUCAGAAUGUUCAGUCAUGCUAAAACCAUCUUCUUCAACCUGUAAUGGAAUACAUAUUGACUUUAAGAUAUAUUGUAGUGAUACACCACUGCUUCCUUUGGGUAAGUAGAUAUCCUGAAUGAAAUUUGCUGAGUUCAAUUUGUUAAUCUAAAUCAUUUGGUGUGACAAGGCUACUGAAACUUGUGUCCAGACCCAUUACUUUGCGUUUAUAGAAUGGUACCCCAAAUUGCAUUAUUAGUGAUUGCAUUUUUGAAAGCUAGUAUUGGUAAUAUCAAAACCACCAUUUCUUCAGUCAGAAUGGUGAUGCUAAUUUCCCCCCUCCAAACGCUAACACCACAAUUCAACAUAUUACGUGUAUGUUCAUAUGCGCUCACUUAAUGCGUGCACCCGCUUUCCAUAGUGACGUCAUCGAAAAUGGAGCAAACUCUCUGUUCUCAAAAUAAAUAUUCAGAUAAAAUUAACCUCUUCUUCCCUUUCCACCAAUCACAUCAAAAGAAAGCAAUCAUGAAUAAAUACCUACGCAAACUUUUAUGAAUAUUCAUAUAUAUUUGCCAAUGUUUUGAGCGUAUUUUUAGGAAAAAAUACAGGGUUUCCAAAAAAUAUCACAACUUUCUAACCAUAAAUUUCGGUUGAAAAUUUUACUUUAUAAUAAUGAGGAUCACUAUUACCAUAUCAUAACAAAAAAAAAUGUCUAGACCACUUUUUCUUCGAUAUCCAGUGAUCCUCGGAUUUGGAGGAAUUUAGAGGGAAAUUCUCAUUUCAUCUCCAGAAAACAACGAUAGAGUGAAAAUGUUAAAUUUACAUGAGUAUGCUGAUCGACGGUAAUCAUAAGAUCACAUUAAGAAAUAUCAAUAUUUAUUGGAACUGAUAUAUGUCUUCAAGAUUUUAAAACUUAAAAAUGUUUCUUGGGGUUUAUGCUCGAAUCUAUUAAAGUCAGUGAUGGGAAUCCAGUUCUGCAUCGAAGGAUGAGGAAUUGUUUUCGCUGCUUUUACUGCAUUUGAUGUUUUCUUCAAUGUGGUUGCAAUGUUUUUUAAAGCUAUUUUAAGUGUUUUAUUCUGAAUGAUUUUCAUAUGACUGGAGUUAUUGAAGUCCACUAAAAUAAAUAGCCAGAUCGAUUUUCUUAUUAUCAUUAUGGACAUUGGUAUUCUGUUUCAAGGCGGGGGGGGGGGGGGGGGGGGGCGUAAUUUCAAAAUGUUUGUUUUAAUCGUCGUUUCUUGUAAAAAUAUAACAAGUAUUGUCUAUUCGGUAAAUGCUGACCUAACUGGGCUCCUUUUAUAUUUACUAUCAAUAACUAGGAUAUAUUCAUUUGAUUUGCUAAUUCAUUACGAUUAACUUGCACGCCGAAUAAAAAGUACACAAUUUUCCUGCGCGCGCUCUGCAUCUCCCUAUGAACGCACUAUCCCAAGAUCAUCGCGCAAUGUGGCGUCCAUUUCUUCUUUUACUUUUGCCUGCCGCCGAGCACACACGUAGCUAAGUACACCUCCAAAAAUUGCAAUUUUGAUUUUUACUUAUGACUCUUUAAUUGUGCAUUUAUCCCUUAUUUCAAUCUUGUCUUUUGAUUUAAGAUUGUUUUAAGCCAUAUCCCACUGCGCGGAGCUCUCCGUGAUAUUUAUUUCACGUUUUUUAUCCAUAUUUCUUGUGAGUUUGAAAACAAGAUUACGUUUCCUCGCAGAUGGGUUGCCCUCGCUUCCCCUCCCCGCAGCUCCGCGCUCCCCUGUGUGUCGCGGGCGUUGAUCCGACGCUUCCCUUUUCUUUAUAUUUCUUUAAGAAAUUUUAUAUUCCAGGAAGUCGCUUCUCUGUUAGUGCUUUUCUUUUCGUUAACUUCCUUCUUGGCCUUCCCUUUUCAGGAAAGUAAGUUGUUACUUCUUUCUUUUUCAGAUCAGCUGCCGGUCUCCAGAUACUUACCUUUUUUUUUUACUUCUACACAAAAAAAAAACUUCUUCCUUUUCCUUUUAGGAAUUUAGCAGGAGCCUAUUUCCUUGUUGUGUUUUCUUAAUGGACAAAAAAAAUAAAGGAAAGAUUAAUACAUAAUAAGUUCAUAAUUAUUACAGUUCCUUUUUUUGUGAUAGUACCUCUUUGUACUUAUCCUUUUAGAGAUAUUAAAUUAAUUUAAUUCUCUUCAGUUCGUUUUGAUCUCUUAAUUUGUUCGAAGUCCUUUGAUUUCUGGGGUUGGGGUUUUCACCCUUUUACCCCCCUUUCUCUCUGCUCUUGUUCUUUCUAAUCGCUACUAGAUUCACAUUCUAUGUCAGCAUGAUCCUCUCGUAUUCUUCCCUAGACGAGCUCAACAUGGCCGCUGAAGAGGUGUCCAACACUGGAGUAGUGUUUCCCAUCAGUGGUAAUGUAGAAAGCGACAGAGACAGACCCCUUGUGGGCUCUGACAAGGGUGGAACUGUGGAUCCGAGUCCACGUGCCCAUGGGGGUGGAACCGUGGAUGCGCGUCCACGUGCCCGACAAAAAAAGGUGGAACCGUGGAACUGCGACCACGUGCCCGCAAAGUGAUAGCCAAGGCUUCCGCGCCGGAACCUGAACCAAUUUUGGGGAGCGUCAUACUAGCUCAGAAAACUUCGACUCCUCCAGGGAUGCCAGACCCACCAGCUAUCGGGUCACGCAAAGACCGGGGGGAGAGCACGGGUCUCUCUUCCCGGCAUAGACUAGGCUCGAUGCCGUGUCAGACUCAAGGGAGCAUCGGCAAAGGGCUACCGGCCCCUAGUCGCAAGAGACCUCGUAAUCCGACCUCGUCGGACUCUGGAUUUAAUCUGACCCCGUCAGAUUCGGCAGACCUCUCUUCUCGGUCGGUUAGCGCUCCCCGGGGGAGAGCUAGGGUGAAGAGAUCAAGGCCUGCCCAGUCUCUUGUUCCUUCUUCUGCUCUGCCGUCGGAGCCGCCUAAGAAGAAGAAGAAGAAGUCCGCAGCCGUAAGCCCCGCACCACCGGGCGGUCCGCCUUCUAAUUCUUCUGCCGAUGGACAGUCCUCACAACUUCUCUAUAUGCUUCAGAGCGCCUUCGAGCUCUGCGGGUUUUUACCCCAGGCUCGUCUGCUUCAGCCGACGGUGCUAGACACCGAGCGGAUCAAGCAGACAUCGACCAUCCGACACCUCAAGGUGCUUCUAGCGAUUCUUACGAAUCGCCAGCUUUCAAACCCACUCAGGCUACGCCCGUGAGCGUACAGGCUCGGCCGACUGGGGUCCGUCCUUGCGAGUCCGGCCAUGGCCCAUACCGCCGCCCAAGCCAUUCACGGGCGCCUGCUACCCUCGGGGCUCUGCCCGGUGAGGAGACGUGGGUUGAUUCCCCUCCUCGGGAGGCGGAACAGGCUUUAUCGGAGGAUGAUUUCAAUCCUGAUCCUCCGGGUAGCCCGGCUCCUCAGCCGUCUGUCAAAAUUCAAAAUGAAUUGUUUUUAUCAUGGCUGUACGCAACAGGGGUUGGGGUAAUUACCACAAAAGUGACCAAACUUGUU